AUGGAUACCUGCAGGGUACGAGCCUUGGUGUUUCUGGUCCUGUUAUGGCAGGACGGGUCUUUGGCAUCGCAGUUUCCGACACAGCUCAUGAUUAAAGAAUGGGUUGAUCAGAUGCAGAAAGAGCUUGUGACCCUGGCAGACACCGCCACAGCUGGGAAGAGCCUCACUCAGAUUUUUCAGAGAAAUCAACGCCUGUACACUGUGGAGCAAAACGACGCAGAGGAGCUGGUGGCUAGAGCAGCUACAAAAAUUGAACAGCUGCUACUGAAGAGGUCUGCUGCCUUGGAGAAACUGGCCACAGCUGCUGAGAAUUUCCAGAUGGAGUAUCAGUGGAAAGACGAGUUUGAGGAUGAUGAAAUUGCCUACUACAACGCAAAGGACAAUCUGGAUGCAAAUGAGACAGAAGGAAGGAAAUACAGGAUUCGCCCAGACUUUAAAGAGGACUUGUCAUUUAAGCGUUUGACUGAUCACAACCACACGGCUGUCCACAUCCCCACUGACAUCUAUGAUGGCUCCACCAUUGUGCUGAAUGAGCUGAACUGGACAGAGGCACUGGAGGAAGUGUUCAAAAAGAACAGAGAGGAUGACCCCACACUUCUCUGGCAGGUGUUUGGUAGUGCUACAGGCCUGGCUCGCUACUACCCAGCCUCUCCCUGGAUGGAUGCUCGUAAGACCCCCAGUAAAAUUGACCUGUAUGAUGUCCGCAGAAGGCCAUGGUACAUUCAAGGAGCUGCCUCACCCAAAGAUAUGCUAAUCCUUGUGGAUGCAAGUGGCAGCGUGUCUGGCUUGACUCUCAAACUGAUCAGGACCUCCGUCAGUGAAAUGCUGGAGACUCUGUCUGACGACGACUACGUCAAUGUAGUUUAUUUUAACACCAGAGUGAAGAAGACGGCGUGUUUCGACCAUCUGGUUCAAGCCAACGUAAGGAACAAGAAGCUGCUGAAGGAUGCUGUACAGAACAUCACAGCUAAAGGAAUUACAAAUUACACAAAAGGCUUCGAGUUUGCUUUUGAGCAGCUCUCUGCGACUAAUGUGAGCAGAGCAAACUGCAACAAGAUCAUCAUGCUGUUUACUGAUGGAGGAGAGGAAAGAGCUCAGGCCAUACUGGAGAAGUACAAUGCUGACAAAAAGGUGAGGAUCUUCACCUUCUCAGUAGGACAGCACAACUAUGAUAAAGGACCCAUUCAGUGGAUGGCCUGUUCCAACAAAGGUUACUUCUAUGAGAUUCCAUCCAUCGGAGCCAUCAGAAUAAACACACAGGAGUACCUGGAUGUCCUGGGAAGACCAAUGGUUCUGGCAGACAAGCAGGCCAAACAAGUCCAGUGGACUAAUGUGUACCUUGAUGCUCUAGAACUGGGUCUGGUCAUCACUGGAACACUACCUGUCUUCAAUAAAACAAAGACCAAAGAUGACAGGAAUGGAGAGCACCAGAAUCAGUUGAUUCUUGGCGUAAUGGGGAUUGAUGUUUCUCUGGAUGACAUCAAGAAGCUCACACCACGCUUCACAAUUGGCCCAAAUGGAUACUACUUUGCUAUCGAUCCCAAUGGAUAUGUUCUGCUGCACCCCAAUCUCCAGCCAAAGAACCCUAAAUUCCAGGAACCUGUUACCCUGGACUUCUUGGAUGCUGAACUGGAGAAUGACAUAAAAGUGGAGAUCAGGAAAAUGAUGAUUGAUGGAGAGACAGGCGAACGUACCAUUCACACUCUGGUGAAAACUCAGGAUGAGAGGUACAUCGAUAGAGGAGUCAGGACGUACACAUGGGGACCAGUCAAUGGAACAGAUUACAGCCUGGCUCUAGUUCUGCCUAAAUACAGUGAACACUUCAUUCAAGCCAAACUGGGGGAUGACAUGAAAGAAGCUAUGUCCAUGGAAACCAUACAGCUGGAGAGGUUUGAUGAGUUUGGUUACACCUACAUCGCUCCAAGGGAGUACUGCAAAGAGCUGAAGUUGUCACUCAACAACACCCAGUUUCUCCUCGACUUCAGUCAGUACAUCGAUAGAAACACCCCAAAUGCAUGUAAUGUGUCCCUGGUGAGUCGACUAAUCCUGGAUGCAGGUCUGACAGCUGAACUGGUUAAACUUUGGAAGGAGCAGACAGUGGAUGGGAUACUGGCCAGGUUUGUAGCUACAGAUGGAGGAAUCACAAGAGUCUACCCAAGAAGUGCUGGGGAAGAGUGGACUGAGAAUCCUGAGACAUAUGAGUCCAGCUUCUACAAAAGGACCCUGGACAAUGAAAUUUAUAUUUUCACAGCUCCAUCUUUCAACACAGAGAGCAGGGAGGCUGUUUCUGAGUCAGGUAUUCUAGUGAGCAAAGCAGUGGACCUCACGAUUGACGAAGUCACGCUCAAACCAGCAGUGGUGGGAGUGAAACUCAAUGUCUCAUUCUGGAUGAACAGUUUCAUGAAUGCUACACUGAAACUGAAUUGCAAGGAUGAGAUUUGUGGCUGUCUGAGGAAUGACAAGCAUGUAGACUGCGUGAUCCUGGACGAUGGCGGAUUUCUUCUCAUGUCCAAUCAGGAUGAGUAUAUCACCCUGAUAGGUCAGUUCUUUGGCGAGGUGGAUCCUGUGCUGAUGGUCAACCUGGUCAACACCUCCCUGUACUCCUUCAACAAGACCUAUGACUACCAGUCUGUCUGCGACCCAGAGAGAGACAGCAAGGCUGCAGCAGGACCCCGCUCCGUCUAUGUGCCUACCAUUGCGGACUUCCUCAGUAUUGGUUGGUGGGCCUCCAGUGCUGCCUGGUCGAUACUACAGCAGCUGUUCUUUGGUCUCAUGUUCCCCAACUUUCUACAGGCAGCGGAGUCAGCAGAUGAAGAUAUACCAGAUGCCAUGUUUAAGGAAAGCUGCAUCACAGAGCAGACUCAGUACUUCUUUGACAAUGAUGAAAGAUCCUACUCAGGUGUACUGGACUGUGGAAACUGUUCCAGGAUGUAUCGUGCCGAGAAGCUGCCUAACACCAACCUGGUGUUCCUGAUCACUGAUGCCAAAGCAACGUGUUUGUCGUGUGACCCCAAGCCGCUAAGACAGGCCGAACAACCCUCUGAAGGUCCGGAUCCAUGUGAGCUGGCUCAGAAUCCCAGAUACCGCAAGGGACCAGACGUGUGUUUUGACAACAAUGAAAACGAAGAUGAUUCUGAUUGUGGAGGAGGGACCUGCCUAAGCCCGUGUCUGUGGGCAAUGCUUGGGCUCCAACUACUGCUGCUGUGGCUCAUCACAUCAUUACAACACUCAUGACCCCUACACACACAGACACACACACUCACACACUGAUCGUCAUCUCAUUUCACAAGAAGCCGGAAGACACUCCAGUUAUGCCAUCCAGGAUGUAUGCAGAAUAUUUGCAACAAGACAUUUUUAUCAGCAUUUCCAUUUUCCAAUGCCAAAGGGUGCUCAUUCAUUUCCUCCUUGUCAUUUUCAAAAAUAGAGACACAUUUACUGUGCUCGGCUGCACUCAUUUCCAUGAUAUACUCCUUAAUACUGGUGCAAGAGUAAGAGCUAACCAAACCCUUUAAUUCUGCCUAAUUUGUUUUUUGUUCUAAAUUAUUUAGCGGAGGUUGAAGAGUUGUCCCACUAUGCCAAUUAAAUAUCAUUCAAAGACUGUAUGUUCACUGACAGCGUUGAUUUGUGUAGUUGUCGAUAUUGUUUGUUGCUUAUUAUAUUGUGUAUGAAUCAUUAUGCUGUAAUGAUCGUUUAUUUUGGAAUCCAGUGCAACUAUGAAGAAUAUCCCUUUUGUUUGAGUGUUUUUUAAAUGUACUGUACCUAUCUAUUUAUGUUUUUGUUCUUUUUUUACUCAACUAGCAUUUUGUGACUAGCUAGGUGUUGUAUUGUAGCAGCAUGUGCUCAGUACAGAGCUAAAGACAACACCGAUACUCUGACACCAAAGCUCCACACAGUACCAAGGACCACAAAUACACACAGACCUACUACAGAGAAUCUGCAGGCUAGUUUAUUUAAGAGAUUCCUCAGACGUGGGUGUACAUCAGUAUUCAAGUUACGUUGUUAGUUAGGUAGAUAGAUAUCUUAGAUACCUCGCUGGGAAAUAAGUGAGGUCAGAGAGCACAUAUGUGAAUCAAAUCUAUUAGGAUAUUACUAUUUCAAAUAUGUUUGUACUUGGUCUGACAGCUUUGGUUGUCUUCAAUUUGAUGCAUCAAAUUCCCAGUGCCUAAAUAGUAGCUCAAACAGUCUGUUAUCUGAAUGAAGCAAUGCAUCAGAGUUGUAUUCUUACCAUGUAUGCUUCUAUGCUAAUGCUUGCUGCAGUAUAGCAGACAGGGUAGCCCUUGCAGUGAUACGUUGUGAAAUGGGCCAAUUCUGCUGCAGAUAUUCAAAUUUAUGUGGCCCAGGCAACAGUCAUAAACAACCAGUGAUUUUGAUUGUGGGAGAGGAAUAUCAUUUUCCUCCAUGGUCAAAGGCUUGAGCUUGUGUUCCAACACCUUUCUUUAUUAGUCCUGUUUCUGUUACCUUUCUGGAUCACCAGACUCAGGAGCCAAGAUGACUUGUGAAUGAGAUCAGCGUAACAAAAUGACUGUUUUUUUUUUCUUCUCCUUGCUGUUCUCCUCCUUAUGCUUGUUUCCUUUUUGUGUUGCUCUAUAAAGUGCUGUGAAGCAGACACUGAAGGCUCAGUGUCGAAACGCUGCAAUGUCAUGGGAUAAGCUUGUUCUGUGUUUGAACGCUAUCUAUGCCUAUGGUCAGCAUCCGGGCCUUUUGGAGAGAAUUUUGAGAAUACACUAUUACCAGUGGUAAUUUUGCAUUGCCUUACUUUACGACGGGUCAUAAAGGUCACACAUAAGUAUUUUAGUUUUAGCCAUUUUAAAAAUGAAAGUUGAGUUCUCUCCAUCUCGCCUUCAUGGUGAGCUGCUGGUGUUGAGUGUUCAAGUUAUGCCUGUCUAUCAAAGUCGCGUGUUGACUUGUGUUUUACCCUGAGGGUCCCGUGUCUAUGUGCAGGCAUGUGCGUGUCCCUCCGAUAUCUGAUUGUGCUUUAUUACUGUACAUGAAUUACUCUUUUGUGGAACUAGCCUGAAUAAAUUUUGUAUACAUUUGUACACUAAUACUAUUUACUGUAUAAAAGAGAAAAUGAAAGAAAAGAAAAAUGUUUAUAAUAUGGUGUUGAUUAUUGUGCA